AUGGACCCUACUAUUAAUGACUUCGGUGAAAUUAAGAAUGACUUCAGUUAUUUACGAACGGCACCUAUGCAAACGGUUUUCUCUUCUAUACAUCCAAUACAACCACCACCACCACCACCGUAUGCAGUAGCAUCACCACCAUCAAUAAUGCACUCAUCAUCUCCUGCAGCCCUGCCACAUAUGGUAUGGCCAUCUCAAAUUGUAAUAAUGAAUAACAACCAAAUUCCUAUGCACACAGCUCAUAUUCGAGAUUAUAUGGCUUGGUCAAUAAUCAAUAUAGUCAUGGGCUGUAUGGCAGGUGUGAUCGCUCUCGUAUUCUCAUUUCAGACAAGAAGACGAAAACAAGAAGGUGACGUUAAAGCUGCCAUGAAAAUGUCAAAAAUUACUCUUGUUGCAAACAUUUUAAUUACAAUUAUGUUUUUCGUUAUGACAGCAUUCUUAAUAGUUUAUUUCAUUUAUAUCAUGUCAUUUCUCAAGAGCAUUGAGUAG